AUGUUUCGAGAUCGCGUUGCUAAUUCCCAAUUCCAAUUGAGUUUUGUGGGUACAAUUCUAGAAGUCUGCGUCAAUUUGAUGGGUCCUUUGUCUCAGAUCAUUGCUUCUCGAUUUGGAUCAAAGACAGUUUUGAUUAUUGGCACUAUUCUAGCAACACUGGGUCUUGAAUUGGCUAGUUUGAGCACAGAGAUUUGGCAUCUUUAUUUGACUCAAGGUGUUUUGUUCGGAUCUGGUGCAUCUUUUCUCUAUGUGACUGCGAUGGGUACUGCCCCCUUGUGGUUCAACAAAAGAAGAGGCCUUGCAUUGGGCCUCGCUUCCGGCGGCUCAGGUAUCGGUGGCCUAGUACUGCCCUUCAUCAUAUCAGCAACUAACAGUAAGCUUGGCAUUGCAUGGACCUUCCGUAUUUUGGGGUUUAUUUGCUUGGCCUGUGAUAUUAUUGCUUGUAUCUUUAUCAAGGACAAGAAUCCAGCCAAAAAGAAGAAGGGGGAGCGUUCACUGAAGGCCAUCUUCCAAUUCAGUGUGCUGAAGGAUGUCAACUUUUUGCUUUGGACAUGUGGAUCCGUCAUUGGAUUGAUGGGCUAUUUCAUUCCUUACUUUUUUGUGCCUGCAAACGCUACUCAUUUGGGAUUCACGCCCACUCAAGGGUCGACAUUGAUUGCCAUCAUGUCUGCCUCCAACUUUGUUGGCCGUAUUUUGGUUGGAUUUAUUGGUGAUCGCAUUGGUAGACUCAAUGCUGACAUUAUUUUUACGUUUUGCGCUUCAUUGAGUUCAUUGCUUGUAUGGAAUUUCGCCUUUAGCUAUGGCGUGCUCGUUGCUUUCUCAGUGCUGUUUGGUCUCUUUUGUGGUUCUUAUUUUGCAAUGAUGACACCCAUUACUGCUGCUAUCGUAACACCUGCUCAGUACCCUACUGCAGUGUCUACACUGUUGAUGUUUAAUAUCAUUGCAAUCUUUGGUGUUAGUAUUGCAAGUGCAAUUGAGACUGGUGCUCAUGCUGAACCCUAUCUCGCCUACAAGAUGUUUACUGGUGUCACUUACCUUGUGGGUGGCGUCAUUCUUGUCAUUCUAAAAUUGAAAUUGACUAAGAGAAUCUUUGCUAGAUUUUAG